UGAGGCCACCACUAACUAGGGACCAAAAUGAAAACUUCAGCAGAAUCAUAUCACUUUCUUCCAACAGGCCAUAGCUGUUCCAAUUGGAGACUUCACAUGGCUGCUGUUGCUACUCCAUCUCUUCCCAACCAGAACAAGUUACCAUCCUUCUCGUCGAGAAUUCCGGCCCCCAUCGUUUUGCUUCAAAUGUGCAGCAACUUUCAAGAAGUAAGACAAGUUCAUGCUCAAUUGGUUGUAUCAGGACUAAUUGAGCGCCCUAUAAAUGGUGGGAGGCUUCUUCAGGCCUAUGUCACAGUGUCAAACUUUAACUAUGCAUUAUCAACUUUUGAUAGCAUAUCUAAUCCUGAUGUGUUUGCCUACAAUACAAUGAUGAGAGGUUUAAUACUGAGUAAGUCCCCUUAUCAUGCACUGAAGCUCUAUAGUAGGCUUUUACUAGAUGGUUUAAAACCAGACAAUUACACCUACACCUUUGUUCUCAAAGCAUGUUCCCAAGUGAAUGCGCUCUUCGAAGGUAGAGAAGUGCAUGGCCGGAUAAUUAAGGCCGGAAUAGCACCAGAUACUUACAUUCAUAGUUCACUGAUAAACAUGUACUCGAGUUCAUCAGAUGGUUUGGUCUGUGCAGAGCGAGUUUUAGCUGGCUUUUCCGAGGAUAACACACUUGCUAAGAACUCCUUGAUUUCGGGUUACCUCAGUCAGGGUCAGGUAGAAAGUGCUAGAAAAAUGUUCGAUAACCUGGUAGCAAAGGAUGAUGCAUCUUGGAGUGCAAUGGUAGCAGGGUACACAAAGAAUGGUAUGUAUGCAGAGGCAUUAGUCAUCUUUCGAAAGAUGUUGAGUUCUCAAGUUUCUCCAAAUGAAUCAGCACUUGUGAGCUCAUUGUGUGCUUGUGCUAAUUUGGGAGCACUAGACCAAGGCAAAUGGAUACAUGCAUACAUUGAUAGAAUUGGGGCUAGGAUUAGUGUCACUGUGGGUACUGCUCUUAUAGACAUGUAUGCAAAGUGUGGCAGCAUAGAAAAUGCCUAUGAAGUUUUCAGGAAGAUGCCACAGAAAGACGUAGUUUCAUGGGGAGCUAUCAUUUCUGGUUUCGCCAUUCAUGGGCGAGCUGCAAAAUGUUUUGAAUUGUUUGAUGAUAUGGUUGCUGGUGGAAUUCACCCAAAUGAAGUAAUUUUUGUAGGUAUUUUAUCGGCUUGUUCUCAUGCCGGGUAUGUUGAAACAGGAUACAAGUACUUUGACCAAAUGGUUCAUCAUUAUGGGAUAAAACCAUCCAUUGAACAUUAUGGAUGCAUGGUGGAUCUUCUUGGUCGUGCAGGGCGGCUGGCAGAGGCAGAAGGGCUCAUCAUGUCAAUGCCGGAACUGCCUAACUCGGUUAUAUGGGGUGCAUUUCUUGGUGCUUGUAGAAUGCACAGUGACGUGAGGAGAGGUAACCUUGCUUUCAAGCACUUGACUGAUCUUGAGCCAACGUCUGGUGACAGAUACAAACUUGCAGGAAUUAUGUUUGCUAAUGCUGGGGAAAAGGAAAAUGCUACUAAAAUUAGGACGAUCAUCACAGAUAAUGACUUGGAGACAACUCGUGGAGUAAGCUCAAUUGAGAUAGAUGGUGUAGUCCACGAGUUUGUAGCAGGUACCAUCAACCAUAGCAGGCACAAAGAAAUUUACAGAAUGUGGGAGAGGGUUAAUAGGUUAUUAGAAAUCCAUGAGCUUGAAAUUUGCAUUCCAUUCUAG